UGAUCCAAAUGAGGCGACAGCGUCGUCCGCCCGGAGAACUCUGGUGAUAAAAACAUAGCGACGAGCUGGUAAAUGUACAAUCAGAGCAGCAGCGGAGGAAUGUGUGGUGAAAAACGAAAGCCAGAGUAUUUUACCGCCCCGGUAACGCGUCGACUUCUUCUUACCUGGAGCCCAUGAUAGCGCAGACACGUAGUUACACUCAACACCGCGGGACACCCUGGAAGAGACGGAGAAACCUCAGGAGGACGCCGGCCAACAUGGAGUCCAAGUGAAAAUCGUUACGGCAAGAUGUGAGAUGAACCUGGAGAAAACCGCGACCGAGGCCAACGACGUGAUGUUGGUCCGGAGCUCGCACGGCCGGGGCCGGGCCAAAGUGACUCAUGCGGUGGUGGUGAUCUUCCUGGAGUUCUUCGCCUGGGGGCUGCUGACCACGCCCAUGCUGACCGUCCUCCAUGAGACGUUCCCUCAGCACACCUUCCUGAUGAACGGCCUGGUUCAGGGGGUGAAGGGCUUCCUGUCGUUUCUGUCGGCACCUCUGAUUGGUGCGCUGUCAGACAUCUGGGGCAGGAAGUCCUUCCUCCUCAUGACGGUCUUCUUCACCUGCGCCCCCAUCCCUUUCAUGAGGAUCAGCCCGUGGUGGUAUUUCGCUCUGAUCUCCGUCUCUGGGAUUUUUGCUGUGACCUUCUCGGUGAUCUUCGCCUACGUAGCUGACAUCACAGAGGAGCACGAGAGGAGCACGGCCUACGGACUGGUCUCGGCGACCUUCGCGGCCAGUUUGGUGACGAGCCCGGCCAUCGGGGCGUACCUGUCCGCGCAGUACGGCGACAGCCUGGUGGUCCUGAUCGCCACGGUGAUCGCCGUGGCCGACAUCGCCUUCGUGUUCUUCGUGGUCCCGGAGUCGCUGCCGGACAAGAUGCGGCUGACGUCCUGGGGCUUCCCCAUCUCCUGGGAGCAGGCCGACCCCUUCGCCUCUCUGCGUCGAGUGGGGAAAGACAGCACAGUGCUGCUGAUCUGUGUCACAGUGUUCCUGUCCUACCUGCCUGAGGCCGGACAGUACUCCAGCUUCUUCCUCUACCUGAGACAGGUGAUUGAGUUUUCUCCUGCAGCCAUCGCUGCCUUCAUCGCCAUGGUGGGAGUCCUCUCUAUAGUCGCUCAGACUCUGUUCCUCGGCAUUUUAAUGAGGACCAUCGGUAAUAAGAACACAGUUCUUCUGGGUCUGGGCUUUCAGCUCUUCCAGCUGGCCUGGUACGGCUUCGGCUCCGAGCCUUGGAUGAUGUGGGCAGCAGGAACAGUAGCAGCCAUGUCCUCCAUCACAUUCCCAGCAGUCUCUGCUCUGGUGUCACACAGUGCGUCACCUGACCAGCAAGGUGUGGCCCAGGGGAUGAUCACAGGUAUCAGAGGUCUGUGUAACGGGUUGGGUCCCGCUCUCUACGGCUUCAUCUUCUUCCUCUUCAACGUGGAGCUGAACGACAUGGAGCCGGUGGCGGGACGACCCGCUCAGAGCACAAAGAAGUCGGUCAUCCCCGGCCCGCCCUUCCUGUUCGGAGCGUGUGCCGUCUUACUCGCUCUCCUCGUGGCCGUCUUCAUCCCCGAUCACCCGGUGACCGACAUCAAGACCUGCUCCGUCCGCAAGUCCAGCAGCUCCUCCGCUGCGCACGCUCAGAGUGCCGGCCCCCUGGCCACGCCCACGAGCGACGCGGAGGACAUCGAGCCGCUCCUGCAGGACAGCAGCAUGUGACUGACGGCCGGCCCGGCCAAUCACAGCACUGGGGCCUGAAGCCCUGUCUGCUAGUCCCGCCCCCCUUGAGAAGAAAUCUUUCCCAGCUUUUUAUUUUUUUAUUUCUACAGACUGUUCAGAUAAGAGAGUCAGGUAACGUUAGGCGGCCAUCACACUGACCAGCUUCAUUUCUUUACUGACGUUUAUCCCCUUUGAUGAACUCGUCCUUUCACCUCGGCUCCUAACGAUUUAGAUUCUAACUUGAAAUGCCAGAUAUAAACGGGCCGGUAGUCUGGUUCUGUUCUGGUUUCCUUUCUCAGAUCUAGAAAGGUAAACGGCUUCUUCGUGGUCGUCGUCCCUCCGCAGCUGCUGAAAUCUAAAUCUUGGUUUCCCCCGUCGUUAAUUUUCAUGCAGCCCCUGCUGGUUUUUUACAGCAACAUACAACUUUUAUCUUAUUAAAAUGACCUGUUUUUCCACUUUUGAUGAAGCUCUGCUCAGUUGUUUUAUACACCUACAGCCUUUUGGACAGAUUUAACCAAAGGGCUUCAAACCCUCAGUGGGACCAAUAACAGGAAGUCCAAACGAGAGCGAGAAGCAGAGAAAACAACAAUCGUGUUUGUGUAGGGCCCCGUCGCCGAAUCACAAAAUAUGUGUGUAGGGACUUCUAACAACAAAACAAAUUGUUUACUGCUGUCGGUUGUUUGUAUUUUCCCUCCGCUGUUUUUAGUUCCUCUUUUGUAAGACGUUUGCGAGUCGCAGCUGCUACAGGUGUGAACUCCAGCCUCCUUCAUCUGGUGUAGAUACUCUUGACGGGGUCAUGAAACGCUGACGGGGGGGCCGUCGUGCUCUUGAGGGGGGCGAACGCUUCGUGAAAACGUAUCGCUUGUGAGUUAUCUCUGUGAAGUGCGACGCUCCCGGCGGCGGCCUUUCAGUUUCUGAAAUCAACUCACGUUUUUCGAAGCCGUCAGUCUGGUUGCCGCCUAAACACGCUGGGGUCAGUUUGCCUCCCCUCUCUCUGUGCACAUGCUUCACCCUAACUCCACCCGUCGGGUCUGCAGAGGUCACAAGCUCAAACGCUCCUCGCUGUACAGGACAGCAGCGAGGAGGAGGGUGUGAGUUGAAUUCACUGCACAGCCGACUGUCCCCAAAAGGACGGACUUUUCACCGGGACAAAGACACACGGGGAGAGGACGGUGCGGUCAGAGCUGCUCGGCAUUGUGGGACACGCAGCAGAGGAAGUCAUCGCCUGCAGGGGGCAGCGUCGUUCUGUCUGUCUGUCGCUGCUGUUUGUCUCCACAUGCUGACAGUUUACACAAAUAUCAGGACUGUUACCGCAACAACUCGCUCACACUGAGCAUGUGCAAGCUCCGGCCGUCUGUGACAUCAUCCUCCUCCUCCUGCUGGAGGAAACGGCGUCCGGUCGGAAACCUGGAUUAUAUUUAUGAAAUGAAACCGUUUGAAGUGCUUCUGCGGCGCCAGGAGGGUGUACGGGAAAAAAAUUAUUUGUAUGCACGAUUUACUAACUUGCUGCUGUGGGUUUUAAUAUCGGUUUAUAUAUUUUUUUGCCAAAGUUUUUAUAGCAAAAACAUCUUUUAUCCUGUAAAAAGUCCGCCACACAUCUGAGUUUAGAGAGUGAAGGAAACCCGACACGAAGCUGAUAAGUUAAAUCCAGAGCUGCUGAAUCGUGCACACCGAUUGGUUUCUUUCUUCCCCGACUCCGUGCGCUCGGUUGAUCUCAUCAGAUCUGUCUCUUCAUCUGUUCUUAAGGCGUUUAAAUACUUGAAGUGUGUUGAGCCUGUCCGAUAUUUUCAGGCUGCUGUGAGCUGAAAGGGCUCCUCCCUAACACCGCCCGCCCGCCCGCCACUCCAGGCAGCACAAAUGAAGCGCUCUGAGUUACUGAUGUAGUUUGAACAUGGAUUUCCAGCCCAGGCCCGACGGCCCGGACCUUCGUCUGUGUAAAUGAAAGCUCUGAUCUCGUUGUGUUUUGAUUUUUGAAACCACAGAAAGUUGUUUCCCGUUUCUGUCCUGUUACAUUUUUGCCUUUUUUGUUUACAAGAUGUUGUCAAAAUAAUCCUCCCUCCGCUCCUGAAGUCGGAGCUGCUGAUGUGACACAGAAUCAGACCUUUGUGUAACGGCACAGAGUCCAGUUUGUUUCUGUUCCAGCUGGCCAGAACUGAGACCAAAAUGGCCGACAGCGCGGCGCUCAGACGUCUGGUUUAAAGAUCAGAUCAGUUAAAAACCCUCCGUGCAGUUCGAACGGAUCGUCGCUCAAUCGGGACGAGUUUAAACCUUCAGAUGAUGUUAGGAACUCAUGUUGGAGUGAACGCUGCGUUCGAGUUCCAUCUAAUAUGUGGGGAAAUACUAACGUCUGACAGGGGGAAGGUGGCAGUUUAAGGCGGAAAGCAACCAAAACUUUACAGCCUCCAUGUUGGAUGAUGUCACUUCAGCUUCAUCCUGUGUUUUUUUUUUUUUUUUUUUUUUUCUCAAACAUCACCUGAAUGCAGCAUCAAUGUCGUCACAGCUACAAAAACACCUGAUGAUGAGGAGGUGGAUGAAGGUGUGUAGCUCCAUGAAGCACAAUCAUGUAGCACAACCAGAGUGUAACUGUCUUCAUCUUUAAAACCAUCUGAUUUAAUUAAUUAACUUUUAUCUCCCGUCUGCUCGUUAAGUUUUUCUGGAACCAAACUUUUCGGUCUGUCCUUCUCAGAGAUGAUAUCAGAAACAGAAAGCUGAGACCUACGGUCUUUUUAUUUUUCUACAGUCAGUACGAAGCCCUGCAGAGCUGUUACUCUAUUUCCCAGAAUCCACCACCAGUGUUAUGAACUACGUGACUGGACUGUUGCUCCUCUGGUCGUCUUGUUGCUGCUGCCUUCACGUCUCACUGGAAAGUUUCUCUCUCCACUUUUUUACUUUCUCCACAUUUUGUGAAGAUUAAUCCAUUGCAGGAUCUGUUUUUUGUCCGUUGGUAAUUCAGCGCGUCUCUGCUGGAGAUCAAUGACUUGAUUAAUAUCAAAAUAUAUUGAUGAUCGAUUGUUUUUAGUCAUUUUUCAAACGUCAGGAGUCGAUGCUUUUCUCUCUCACGGGACCGUAAACUGAAUAUUUUUGGGUGGCGCUACAAGAGAAGACAUUUGAGGACUUUGGGAAACACUGAUCCACACUUUUCACGCUUUUCUGGACCCAACAACUAAUCGAUUAGUUGAGAAAAUGAUAUGUUUUGUUGGUCGACGUCACUUUGGGCUGUGGGACACUUUAACAGGUUCAUUAUUCACAGAACGUCGUCACCUCUUCUUCUUAUUUAGACAAAGUUCUCUUACGGCUUCUCGUGUGUUCAGACAGCAUUUAUGAACUUUUUGUAGAAAAACAUGUUAAUAUUUGUCUUUGUAACGUGUUUAAAGAACCUGUUGUAGCAGAACGUGGUUCUCUCUAUCGGCUCUGGUUUAGAAUCUUUCUCAGUUAAACUUCCUGAUGGGACGCGAAGCGACAACAUGGCCGCCAGAAGAAACGGCAGCUGAAGACUGAAACUCGGCUCUCGUUGCUGAAUAUGAAUCUAUAAGUUUACUGAGAAGACUUUUAUUUUAUCUGAUUAUUGAACCGGUAACUAAUUUAUCCCCCCCCCCGCCACCUCCCGUGUACAUGAUGCAGAACAUUUGCUGAUUGCUGCACUUUAAUUUCUCUGAACGUGUGCCUCUAAUCAUUCAUGUUCAUAUCUGUUUUUUAUAUAUAUAUAAACAAAGAGACGCUGAAUGGCGUCUGUGUUGUGCAUUUGCUUUCUUUUAUCUUAUUAAGAAUAUAAUUUUGAAUAAUAUCUAUAAUUAUAAUAAAGAGAAAUGUAUUGGAUUUAAAAAAAACACAAAAAAACAUGGACUUCUUUGUUUUUUAUUUUUAGUAGAUUGUAAAUCAUUACAGCCCCAUUUAGUUACGUCCACAAGUUCUUUAAACUCAAAGAGUUCUGACAGAAUUUAGAUUUCAAACUAAAUCGACAGAUAUGUGUUGAUUGAACUGUCUUCUUUAAACAUGGCAAAGUUAAAGCAUGGACAUAAUCAACUAAUUACACACUGCAGAUAAGUCAUGUGUUCGAUACGGACACUUGUGGUUAACAAGAAAGGACUAAAGCUACCGGUAAAGGGAGAAACCUGCCAACGGCCUUAAACACAAACUGAAACAAACUUGGAAUUUAAACCCUUUUAACUUGAAAUGUAAACAAACAUUAACGUUGUUUAGUUGUUUUUAAACUUGUGAGUUAGAAAAAUGCAGAAAUGCAAAUUGUUGCACUGAUAAAAUAAAAUAAUUAUCGGUUUUAACUCAAAGUAUGAAGUUAACCGUUGUUAAAAAGUUCAGUCAACUAAAGAAACAACGUUGAGACGACUAGAACGCUGCAGUUAAACAAAGGAAAUCUUUAAGUUGAGUUAACUUUCAUUCAUUCAUAUAUUUGGUUAGUUUAUGAUAAAUAAAUCAAUUUGUUUGGGGUACAAAUAUAACUUAAUUAGUCAGUAGUCUAAUACUCAAAAACAACCUGUUAAAAAUAAAUAAAUAAUAGGUUUAGGGGGAAAUUAUUUGAUUUGAAAACAAUGUGAUGUUUUAAAUAUUAAACAUAAGUCCCUCCAGGAUUUCGUGAUGUCGCUUGUAUCAAUACAAAUUCAACAAAUUCCCAUGAAUUCAGCGCGACUUUUCCACGAAUUUGACGUAUCAUUUUUUCCCCACAAAACGUUGUCAUACGUCCGCUUGUCACUUCCUUGUUGACAAGUCGCAGCAGACGUGCGAUAACCACCGUCUCACAUUUGCAGAGAAAAACAAAAAGGGGCCGUGAAAAACGGUUUAGAUCUUCUUUACCAAAGCAGGUUUAAACUGUUCUGCAAAUGCAUGGAGAGACAGGCUGCUGCAUCACAGUCAACUGCACGCUCUGAAAUAAUCAAUGCAAGCUGGUGUAAAUACGCAGGGUUUAGGGUUCAGAGAUCCUGGAGGGACCGUUUAAUCAUUCAACUUUAAUUCUAAAGUAAAAAACAACACAUGGACCUCGGCAGUUUUCAUUUAUUUGCACAGUUUCAUCACAAAAAACGUCACAACUUUCAUCGCAAUUUUUUAGAGAAGCUGUGAAAUCAGUCACAGGACAGACGUGAAAUCCUGAAAGGACUGAAAGACUCUUUGAACAUAGUCGAGACGAUGUAAACAAAACAAAUCUACACAGACAACAUUUAAUAAAAUACGUCAGAAUAAAAACAAACAACCAAACCUCUCAGUCAAAGCGUCUCUCAGAAACCUGCUUCAAUAAAAAUCAGUUAAACAAACAAAUAUAUAUACAAGUAAAAAAAAA